UCUGUCUCAAACAAACAAACAAACAUGCAGUUAGUUCAUUUCUCCAUCAGCCAGGAGAGACUUGUUGAGGUUGGCACACUCAUCAAGGAUAGUAACUACCAUGGCUUCCAGCGCUUUGACGAAACCUCAGAUGCGUGGCCUCCUGGUCAGAUGUCUGCGGUUUCGUAUCGUCAGAGCAUUCAUUGUAUCCCUGGGGGUUGCAGCUUUGUGUAAGUUUGCUGUGGCCCAACCAAGAAAGAAAGCAUAUGCAAAUUUCUAUAGAAAUUAUGAUUCUAUGAAAGAUUGUGAGGAGAUGAGGAAGGCUGGCAUCUUUCAAAGUGCAAAGUGAUUUUGGAAUAUAAAAGAAUUUCGCUGGGUUGAUUUUCAUAGAAGUUUGUCACUGCCCUGUGUUUCUGAGCUAUGAAUGUGUGGGUCGAGGAAUAGUUUCUUUUAAUAAAUCAAUAAUUAACAAAUAAAAAAAAA